AUGAAUGCGUGGCUAACGGACGCCUCUAAUAUCCCCAACCAUGACAAUGGGACAUUUAAUGGGACCAUCGAUCCAUCCAUGGCUUUCCUCCAGCCAUCGCAGGCUCCCCAAGACCCUGCUCAAUUCCAGCGCAUGUUCCAGAAUGGAGUCCCUCGCAACGCCUCCCCCGGCUUUCACAAUCCUAACCAGGUGAUACCGUCAAAGCGGCCGAGACCUGAAGAUGGAAUACCUAUUUCUCCAAGACAAGCGCCAGGCGGAGUGCCAGUGUCACGUUCUCAAACACCACAAGUUUCCUAUUCAGGUUAUCAAGGGUCGGCGAAUGGAAACCCUCAAUUUGCGCAUCCGACGGCUUAUCAGCAUCUCCAGCAGCCACAACAACGAGGCCCAAUAAACACAUCACAGUCUCCUAGUCUGCAAGAAUUCGACCAGCACGGCGUUCAAAAGAUGCAGACCUCGUCCCCCAGUCCUUUCUCUCCUGCAGGUCCUGUAGCAAAUCAAAUCUCCCCACCCCAAUCUGACCACGGAAGCCGAGUCAACACACCACAAAACAACACUUACAUACAGGGACAGCCUUUUCCUCAAGGGAUAGCCCCUCAGUUCACACAGCAAGCGGCUAUGACAUCGGGCGCGACCCCGGCUACUAUGCAAGCUCAAAUGGCCAACAUGCCGCAGGGUUUCUCGCCCCAGGCUAUGGCUGCGCAGCAGCAACGGCUCUAUCAUAUGCAACUACAGAAUCAAGCCCGCCAGAUGCAAGUCAACAAUCCUGCAAUGGUAGGCCGUCAGAACAGUGCAAUGAACCCUAUGGUCAACCCUCAAAUGGCUGCCUUGCGCCAGAUGCAGCACAACAUGGCCCAGCCCAACAUUUCUAAAGCCAACAGCCCGGAGAUUUUCUUGAAAACCUUGCAAAAGUUUAUGAUGAAUCGCAACCAGCCUCUGGAUCUCAAUCCCGUUAUAAGCGGUCGACCUAUCCACCUGAUGCAAUUGUACGCCACUGUAAUGAAAAUGGGCGGUUCCAAAAAGAUAUCGACUACCAAUAUGUGGCCGGCAAUCGCGCAGGCACUACAAUUCCCUCCCCAGCAAUAUCCAAAUGCCGCUCUAGAGAUCCGCGACAUUUAUGCCAAGAAUCUUGCCGCCUAUGAACACGCUAUCAUCAUGAGUAGCCAUCAACAGAAACAAAUGGACAGCAUGCAACAAAAUGCGCUACAGCGACAGUCUACUGAUCCCAACUCAAUGCAGUUCCAACAAUCUCCCGUCAAAGCACUUCCAGAGUUCGGAGCUCAGGGAUCCGAGCAAUUCACCCAGUCACCUCAGGUCACAGCGACUUUGUCGAACAGUAUGCCGGCAGGUGCUACAAAUGGCAUUGCAACCCCUCAACAACCUCGACAAGCUAAGCAACAAACACAUCCGCAACAGCCCCAGCCGCCCCACGGUCAAUCAAACCAACGAGCGGGAGUUCAUCGCCAAGCGCAGAUACCAGCUUCCCCGGCCGACCCAUCUUUGCAGGCGCAAGUUGCGCCACCUGGAGCCUCAGCUAAAUCAGUCGCUGCUACGGGGAAGCCCGCAGCAGAACAAGAGGCGGCCCCUGCCAAAACCAUCAAACAUCACAUCGAUAAGACUUUUAAAGCAACUGUGCUUCCGGACAAUCAUAGGCAUGGUCCUGUGGUAAUAGAUGAGAUCUACCAACUCGGCGAAGAAAUCACAAGGUUAAAGCCUAACGUACCCUCCUUUCCCGAGUUGGGAGUGAUUGAUAUUCAUGCUCUGACCAUGAGCAUCAAGUCUGGUAUACAUGCUGAAAUACGAGUGGCUUUGGAUACCUUAAUGACCUUAUCCUCUGAAGCUUCAGUUCUUUCUUUGGAUAAUUGCGAUGAUCUUGUGGAAACCUUAGUCGAUUGUGCGGAAGAACAGCUCGAUUUGCUUGCGGAGAAUGCAGCCGAGGUUUCCGAUGAAAUGUUGCUGCCGUCCUACGAAGAGGUGAUUCGCGGCUGCCACGUAGAGAUGGCGUCGCUUCUAAAUGUUCCAGAAUUUGGCAGUUUGGGCUACGAACUCGAUCGAGCCGCUGAUAGGGUGCUUUGUAUCACUGCGCUACUCAGGAAUUUCUCGUUUUCGGAAUCCAAUUUCAACAUACUGGGAAGCGCUCCAGUCAUUACAAUGUUCUCUACGAUCAUUAGAUAUUUGGGCACCCGCAAUAUGUUGUUACGUACCAACCAGAAUAUUUUGGACUUUAUGAAAGAUACCGUCACAUAUUUGAGCAACAUCGCUCAAAGCGUUCUGUUGCCGGGCAAAGAAGAGGCAUCUUGCUUGCUUCAUUUUCUUCUAUCCUUCGCGCCACUGCCGACUCCGGUGCUCGGCCCAGACGGUGUCACAUUCACUCAAUACUCGCCCUCCAUACAUAAAUAUACACCGGCCGCAAUUGAUGGUUUGGCCAAGCUUCUUGCCCGCGAUGAGCCGAAUCGCAUGUAUUUCAAGGCAAUCUUCCAGGAAUCUCCGUGUUCUCCUCAGAAUGAAUUGCUCACUCGUGCAUUUGGUAUGGCUAUUUGUCCUGUGCCUGAUCAACCACGGAAACCAUUGUCAUUUGCAGAUGCCCGGAAAGUCUUUCUCAUGCAAGGGCUACUAGCUGCGGAGAUUCUCACGAGUCUUGUUGAUGGUAUUACCGCGCGAACAUGGCUUCAGUCAACUGACAGAUUCGCUAUUCAUUUGUUACGACUAUGCUGUCUGCUCAGCACUGACCGCCUUGCCAUGCCACCAAACCCUCGUCAUCCACAGGCGCGAAACCAACCAGACCCUGAACACCAUGCUUAUGUAUCCAUAAUCAACCGCGGCUUAAGCAUUCUUCGAAAGCUUGCCGAAAAGUCUAAACAGGAAGACUCCCUAUCCGGACGACCUUUCCCAUUAGGCGUGUUGCCCAAACGAGAAAGUCUUUUAGGUGCUUUGUUAACACCAAAUCUAGAAUCUAGCGUGGUGAAACAGUUGAUUGCAUAUGCAGGGUUGGGGGAGUAA